AUGUCCACGUUACCUAUCAAGGUCCACGAUGUGUUGAGAGAGCAUUGGUAUAAAUUAAGAUCAUACUCGAGAGCGGGCUCAGACGGAGAGGCCCACGCGCUGGACAUGGGGAGCCGCUCGUCCCUGCACACGGGCCUGCAGAUGUCCGAGGACGAGCACUGGGAGAUGAAUUACCACGAAGCUGCUAUUUACUUAGAGGAAGGUCUGAAUAAUGAGAAGUUUGACUCGCACCCGUCGAGUCCCGAGGAACUGCCGGCCUACCUUCGCGUGCACAAUCCCUGGUACCACGGUCUGGACUUGUUGGCAUCGCUCGUUUUAAUUCUUUUAGCGUUCACUGAGGACCCUGCUGUACCAGCUUUUGAGCUGCCCGUGUGGGCUCACGGAAGCAUAGAGCUCCUCGCACUGUCGGUGAUCGGGAUAGAGCUGCACCUUAAACUGAAGUGGAUCGGCUGGGGAACGAUCUUCAAACACAAACGUACUAUGAUUAAGGGCAUAACCCUACUCAUAAUGGUCCUGGAAGCGGUGGUGGUAUUGUGUCGGCAGUCCUCUCACUUCCGAGUGACGCGAGCCUUGCGCCCCAUCUUCCUGGUAGACACGCGCCACUGCGGCGGAGUCAGGCGUUUCAUCAGACAGAUCCUUCAAUCGCUGCCGCCCAUUUUGGACAUGCUAGGUCUCUUGAUGUUCUUCGUCGCCACGUAUUCGCUUCUCGGCUAUUACUUGUUCUCGGAGCACAUUGACAACGGCCACUUUAGGACAUUGAGCGAUUCCUUCGUCAGCAUGUUUGUCCUUCUCACUACGGCCAAUUUCCCUGACGUCAUGAUGCCGUCGUACGCCAAAUCCAAGUGGUUCGCGGUUUUCUUUAUACUUUACAUCAUCACUGUCUUGUACGUUCUCAUGAAUUUGAUGUUGGCCGUGGUGUACGAGACGUUCACGCGCAUCGAGCGGGAGAAGUGUCGCGCGCUGCUGCUGCACCGCCGAGGAGCAGCCCGGCGCGCUUUCCGGCUGCUCGUGUCGCGGCGAGCGCCGCACGCCGUCAAGCUGCGCCACUUCGCCGGCCUCCUCCGACACUAUGCCCCGCACUACAGUGGUUUGGACGUGUACUUAAUGUUCAAGCAGUUGAACCAAUCGGCGUCCGGGGGCCUCUCUCGCAGCGAGUUUGCGAAUGUGUACGAAGUGUUCGCGCUGCGCUGGGCCCCGCAAGCCUCGCGGGCGCCUUGGUACGCAGACUCGCCUCUCGAGCCCGUCGCCAGAGCCGCGGCCGUCGUCGUGCAUCGCCCGUACUUCGAGUACAUCAUAUAUGCCCUGAUUAUCGGGAACGGAUUAGCGAUGGUCCUUCGGGUGCUGGAAGCCGCCGGCGACCUUCAGGACAGCGCUAGACUGCUCUGCGCCUCUUGGGACACCUGGUUGUUCCUAACGUUGUUUCUCGUAGAAGCGGGCCUCCGCAUACUGGCUAGCGGUCUCGGCGCGUACCUGGAGAGCGGCUGGAACGUGUUCGACUUGAGCGUGACCCUAUUGGCGCUCAUGGGCGCCGUGCUCUUGACCGUGGCCCCCAAAUUGUUCAUCGUCGUUAUGUUCAGACCUCUCAGGCUAAUGCGCCUUUACAAGUUGAAGAAGCGGUACAGAGACGUGUUCGGGACGCUCGUGCUGCUCUCUCCGCUGAUGUCGUCCGCGGGAUGCGUCAUGCUGGUUAUGUACUACUUCUUCGCCAUCGUCGGCAUGGAACUCUUCGCCGGAUACAAUUUAAGAAAUUGUUGUGUCAACACCACAGUAGAAGACUUCUACAAAUACUCCGAGAACAGCUCCACCCCACUCGGCUACUACUACUUGAAUAACUUCGAGAAUAUUGUGACGAGCGGAGUGACCCUCUUCGAGCUGACCGUCGUCAACAACUGGUUCAUAUUAAUGAACGCAUUCGCCAGUGUCGCGGGACAGCUCAGCCGUCUAUACUUUAUGGUCUUUUACCUGUUCACGAUGGUCGUCCUGACGAUAGUGGUGGCGAGCGUGUUAGAAGCCUUUCGGUUCAGAAUACAGUACAAGAGGAGCACUACUAAGAGAGAUGAGGAGAAACUGCUUCACGAAGAAGUGCACACGAGUUGGGAGGAAGCCCAACGUUUAGGGGCUAGUGGCGAUCUAGCGGAGCAUUUGAGGACAUUUUUGCCCCCAGGAAUCGACGUAACAUUCAUAGGAACUCGACCGCGUACUAAGGAAGUAUUGCAGAGAAGAAUGUACCAGACAGAGAUUCAAAAGUGGCUCGCCGAGGAGGAUGAAAACGACGAAGGCCAACCGUCAACGACGGUCACGUCGAGCGAUGACCCUCUCUCUCCGCCCCUGAUCCAGCAGCCGGGUGGUGACAACCACAUACGAAGCGGAUAUCAGUUGUAG